AUGAAAGAUGCUUUCCAUGCUCAGUUGCGACCAUCCAUUGUUGCUUUGGAUGCACCAGCAGCUGUGAACGCACCAACAGUGGAUGCACAGCACCUCAUGACGCAAGACUUCGCCAUGACACAAGACUUCUCUCCGAAUUACAAGCACGAUACACGAAACGAACACGAGAAGAAAAGAAGACGCGAUGACUGCAACAGCGAUGAUGGGCAACUACAUGACGAGGCAGUGCUCAAUUGCUUUUUCCAUGUUGUUCUUCCAUUCGCCAAGAAGAACAGUUACGUGAAGAAGAUUGUUAACCCUGAGUUCGCGAUUACAAGAAAGGAACGUCCGAUAGGCAGCAUGCAGGGAACAGCAUACUCUCACGUCAGGAACAUUGCACACACGAAGUCUGUGGAACAAAGACGUGCCGUCACAGAGUUAUACUUGAGCAGUUGGCGAAGCAAAGGAGAGUGCAGUGCCGCAGAUCACUUCCAGAAGGAGUAUUGCACGUAUCCAACGUACAAUUGGAACUACUCGUGCAGUGGAGAGUGUGGGGUUUAUCCAUCGAACUGUCCCAACGAGAGCUUCAAUCGGCAUGGAAUAAAGAGUAUCUGUGCCGAUAAUGCUAAGAACGCAUCUCUCACUCACUUUCUGGUUCACACUGCACGUUCCCUUUUACGAGAAGACUCUCACUGUCGUGGAGAUCCAUGCACUAUCCUAAUUCCACGAACAUGUUCGACACUUAUGGUUGCCGUCACUGGCUUCGUCCGCGAGGGAGUGGACAUUAUCGAGAUGGGAAGGGAUGCUUUUGGAAAUCCUACUGGCUGGUUGGGCAACUUGCAUCAUCGAAUUGGUAUCCCUCUUGACUCUGCAAGAGUUCGACUCAUAACUGCAGCUGUUGAUGGGGACGCACGACCCUUCCAACGUACAUCACCAAAUGCCACCAAGGAUUUAGUCGCCGAUGCCAUGGUUUCUGUAACAAGCUCUGUUUGUCAUCUGCAGAUCAAGGAUGGUAGCAUUGUGGGCGAUUGUGACGACUGCAUGAAACACUUGGGAUACAACUGCCCUUGUGCAUGCUAUCUACGAAGUAAGUUCGGAAUGCUGGAGAAGGAACUAGAAGCUUUGCGUAAAACCAAUAGCACUUCAAAAGGAUACGCUGUCAAAGCCGAAUGUCGAGGCAGCACAAAGCGCAUGUACCAGAGUGGUCUUUCAAAAGGAACCAAACGACGAUGUCUACCCAAAAUGCUGGAGAGUUUCGAAACGUAUCUUUCUACUUUGCAGCCACAUUUGGGUUACCGCAAGAUGCUGUCCAAUGGCAAGUCCAGCUAUUCGCAGGUGAAAUCAAUAGUCGGGAGAAUCAAAGAGGCCCUACCAUAUGCCAAGACGGCAGACGAAGCCACAGGAGGGGCAACUGCCAUUAUCUGA